AAUUUAACCGUUACUUCUCGUGUCUGGUCUAUUUUCUAAAUGCGUGUUCUGAAGCAGUAAUCUAAGGAUUCUCUUCGUACGCCGUGGUGCGGUGACAACGUUAAUUCUCGUUCCCGUCUCGCUUGGCUAGCUCUGCCAUUAUUUGCUAUUAAUUCAGACGUGCAAUCAUCGUUUUGUUGUUUACCAACAAAAGUGUUUUACAAGCAGUGGCACCUCUAGGCCACUGAAUUCUAGUGCAGUUAAUUGGCAGUUUUGCAGUGGAAUUACACCAUGGCUGACUUGGAUACCGUCAAGGUUAUCCUCAGAAGCCUUGUUAUGUCCACUAAACGGUCCAUGUCAACUUAUGAUCUGCAAAGAGACUUUCGACAAAAUGAAGGCUAUGAAUGUCCUUUUGUUGCUUUGGGUUACAGAACCUUUGCGUCUUUCCUGGAGUCUAUUCCAGAUACGGUCAGAGUUCUUCCAGGUGGCACUGUGGUAGCUGUUGCCACUGAAGAAACACAACAUAUUGCUCGACUUGUAGCCCUCCAAAGAGACUCAUCAAAAAAGCCAAGGCGUGGUGGCUAUAGCAGUUCUAACAGAUAUGGACAGCGGCCUUCAAGUUACUCGCGGCCUUCAAGUUUCUCACGGGCUCCAAGGUUUCAACAGUCAAACUCAUCUUACAAUUCCUAUAGGGCUCCAAGUUCAUACGCUAGCCGUUCGUAUGAAACACCAAGCAGUUCUUAUGGAUCAGGUGGCAGAGCUAGCUACACAGUUGGAGCAGUCAGUAAAACAGACAGGUCAUAUCAAGCAACUGACAGAUCAAGCUAUGCUUAUGAAGCAGCUAGCAGAAGCAGGUCGAAGGAGCGAAAUGACCCACCGCCAUUUUCCUCCGCUGAAAAGUUCUUUGAGGCAGCUAGAGAAGCAAAGCUGAAGAAGAGGGCAGAAGAACUUCUGUCUAAUCCACCCCCGGAAUCAAGGACCACAUCCUCAGUAACAAGGACCCCUACUCCCACAGAAGCAGGUUGGUCAGGAGAAGCAUUCAUAACAGAUUGGAGGAAGCAGCAUGCUGAAAAUGCUGUUGAAGAUUCCCAGCCUUCACAUAGGGUCAAUUAUGCACCUGAACGAUACAGCUCAGAUGAAGACAGUGAAGAUAGUUUUUAUGAAAGAUUUAAGGAGGAGGACAAUCAUGACGACGCAUCUAAAUUUAAACCUGCUUGUGAAACUGUUACAACAAAACCAUAUUUCCAAUCCUCUGAUGCCAUCAGUGAUCCACUCAAAAAUAAUUUAAAAAAUCUAAUUAAGUCCUAUCCAGAGGGAUUGUGGGCUUGUGUACUUCCUGAAAAAUAUAAAGAGACUUAUGGUGUGAAUUUACAGUGGAAAGAGCUGGGCUACGAUAGUAUUGUCCAAAUGUUUCAUGAUUUGCCAGACAUAGUUGUGUGUAAAAGGGUUCAAGGUGGAGAUUGGAUGUUGUAUGAUGCGAGCUCACCCUUGUCUGUGGCAAAUGAUGUUGAAAAUAGUGAACACACAGCUCAAGAAGUAUGUAUUUUGACUGAAACAGUAAAAUGUAAGAUUUUUGAUGUUGUCAAGAAGUACACAUCAGGAAUUCGUGCAGAUCAGCUAGCAGAGUUGUAUCAUGAACAUUACUCCAGGUCUUUGGCACAUGAUGCUCCUGGAUUUGAUAGUACAGAAAGCUUGCUCACAUCCCUUGAUGGCACCAUCAUCCGGCUCCGUUACAUACGUCAAGAAUGUUAUGUGUUGCCGGGGGCUCCACCAUUGAAAACAGUUGCAGAGCCUGCAGUAGAAGUUUCUGUGGAUGAUAUAAAGGAACUUGGGUUCUUCCCUGGUGAAGUGAUGGGUCCAAAGGAGUCAUUUUCUCCUCCCCAAUUGCCUCCCGACCUGAAACCUGGUGACUAUCUUGAAGUCAGGGUAGCUGAAGUCUACAAUCCUUUUAAGUUGUGGGUUAUGCUUCGGGAGAAGUCUGUUCUGUUAGACAAGCUGAUGGAUGAACUACAAGAUUUUUAUAAAGACCAUGGAGAUAAGUAUUUCAUGCCUGACUCAACCAUAACGGUACAGCAGUGCUGUGCCGCUAUUUAUGACAGUGAAUGGCACAGAGCUACCAUCACAUCAGUUGGUAAAACUAUUCAAGUGUUUUAUGUGGACUAUGGAACUGUAGCUUCAGUUUCUAAGAAGGAGCUCCGUUUCCUCCACAGUGAUUUUAGUGUUUUGCCAGUGCAAGCAAUUCAAGCGUCGCUUUCAGGUAUUCAACCUGUAAAUGGGAGACAAACUUUUACUAUGGAGGCAAACCGAGCACUGCUUGAUCUUGUCGCCGACAAGCAUUUAAUAGGAUUGGUUCAAAAAAUUGAGCUUCAGAAACCUUUCCUUGAACUCUUCUUAAUUGAUACCACUGGUGACACAGACAUACACCUUAAUGAUGUACUGGUAAAUCUAAAUCAUGCAAUGUUUAAACCUGAAAUAUUACUCACUGAUACAAAUGAGUGUGUAGAGGAGGAAAAACAACCCAAACCAAAGCCAGAAGAAACUGUUAUCCCAAUCAAAAAGCCCCAGUCACCUGCUCAACCAGUGAGCACUAGUUCUGUUCAACAGUUGAAGCAGUCAGAGGCCAGUCAGUUACCUCAGCAAACACAGCAAAUGCAGCAGCCGCAGCAACCGCCUCCAGGCUUUGUUGCUACUGGACAAGCACAAAUGCCACCUGUAUUGAACAGUACAGGAACAUCUCCAUUUUACAAUGUUAACAAUCUAAUGUUUAAUCAAACUUUACCUGGUUUCUCUUCUGCGUAUUCACCUCAGAUGAAUGCUGCAGUUUUGCUGCAGCAGCAACAACAGCAACAAGCACAAGCCUAUUUGCUUGCAUACUAUCAAAGUCUUUAUCAGCAGAGUCUGCUCAAUUUGCAGCGGGUAGCGGUGCCUGCAGGAAAUCCUACCAACAACCCCUGGUUGGGUCCUUUUGGACUUAAUGCUAGUGCCUAUUAUCCGUCAGGGCCUGCUACAUCUCCAGCCAACACUUAUGUCAGUCAAAGCACAUCUGAAGCUCCUUCUAAUGUGUUUUCUCUUAACAAAUCUGGGGUGGAGUUAGCAGAAAAAAGAGAUGAAGGGGAAGGGAAAUCUACUCCUUCCAGAUCUCUUAGCUCUUUCAGUGGAGAAAGACUCGUAGAAAAGAUUAACACUCCCUCCAAACACAGUGAAGGUAGAAAGUCUUUCAGACUUACACCGAUGUCGAAUAACUCAUCAUCCAGUAGCAUCAGUGAUUUGGUAGUGGAGCAUUUGGAUGAGUAUGAAUCUGAUACACUGUCGUCUUCAUCGUCCCCCUUUUAUGGUGCACCAGACUUGGUACAGAGUGUUGGAAACAUGUCCAUUGUACAGGACUCUCCAUGCAUUACUAACUAUUGGAAAGCAGAAGAGGUUUGCCACCAAUGUGUUCACAUCUUUAAUGUUGACGAAAAGGCCUUUGUCAGCAUGGGCGAAUUGGCCCGCAAGUUUACAAGAUUUAGCACAAGUGACUCAUUACUUAGAGUCUUAAAAAACAAAGGCAUUAGUCCCGAAUUAAAGAAAAUUACACGUCAAGAUAAAUUAUAUCUCUUUUCGAGCCUUGAUGGAUGCUCAGAUGAGUUUCCCAAAUCGUUGGACCUGUCAAGAAACAAAAGUGGUAAUGUGGUUGGCACAUUUUAUUUAUGCCCUUUAGUUAACGUUCCUACUGUCUUGAUCCCUCUUGGGACUGACGUUUCUGUUAUUAAUGGAUUCAGAGCACUCCGAGACAAAUUUGACCCAAAUGAUAAUUAUUGGAGAAAUUAGCAUCUGGAAUUUCUACUUUACUUGUACCAAGUGAGAGCCUCAUAUAUCACCUGUGUUCUGUGUUAGUUGCUGCAGGCAAGUACCACAUGAUUAUGUUCUGAACUUAUGAUUUACUGUAAUCUCUUGAAAGUUUUAUAUGGAAGAAUAGACUUAAAAAAAAAAAAAAAAAAAAACUGUUCAUGAG